UAUGAUAUCGUAUCAAGUCGUGUCCUACCGUUUGGGUUUCAGCAAUAACUUUAUGUUUUUUUCUACUCGCCAGUCGCGUGCCGGGUGUGAUAAAGUGUAGGUGGUUUUUGAAGCAUUCUCCAGCUUUUUUGACAUGGGGGAGGAUUCCGAACACUCAACAGUGUUUGUACUCGCACAAAGCAGUAAUCUAUGAACGUGUUGAUUAUGUUGUGCCUUCGGAAGUGGAAGUAAUUUCCGAUGACUUCACCGUCUGAAGGAAUCCUAAAAUUAGGUUUCGUGAAACAUUUAAAAGGUCAAAACAGGAAAAAUCAAUUUUCGUUCUACUUUCACGAACUCAAAGUGGUCAAGUUUAUGCAUAAGUGGAGAACAUAGUAAAACCGAUAGUUUUAAUUCAAUUAGCACCGCUUAAGACGCGUUAUCCUUGAAAGUACACCUGCAUGAAUGAAACUUAGUGAGACUAUAAUGAAACUUCCAGACUGGAUAAAACGCAGCCCCAAAUGUAAUGUGGGUGUAACAAGCAUUAAAAAAUCUAAAAGUGUUGGCAGUUAUCGAGGCUCACAUCGCCAUAAAAGGAAAUCGAGCACAUCUUCAAGUAAAGGAAAGCGGAAAAGAAAUUCUUACGUUUCUUCUUCCAUAACAACGAAAAACUUCUAUCCAGCUGAAGAGUUCUUUAAAGAUAGCCCGCGCUUCAACAAUACUCAGCAUGCUAGCACGCUGCCGCCGAAUUUGAAUGGGUACAAUUGUUAUAAUCAGUUGUACCCACAGAAAGCGCCUGAACGGCGCCUAUAUGGAAACAUGUAUGCAACAUCUACCUAUGAAAAUCUUUGUCAGAAAAAUCCCUCUUUAGCCGACAUAAAUAGCAUUCGAUAUGGGCCAUACCAACAACACCAACACCGAGACUUCUUUUUCAACGAUCAUGCGAAUAUCGAACAAAGGAAGUUCUCUGAACAUGCCCAGAUGCCAAUGGGAGUAAACCCAAUAUCAACUAUGACGAUAGAUCGCAAAUUGACGCCCACUUGCAGAGCUUUUGCUGAUAGUCAUCUCUCAACCCUGCCCAGGGUAAAUCAAGUGCCUGUGCCGUUCGAUAUACAUGCAGAAGCGUCUUGGAAGCAACAUGGUCAACGAAAAUGGUCCUUAUCGGAUAAACAUGUUGCGCUUAAUAAUAGACAACCAAAUCCAAUCUAUAGCCGUGCCGAUGUGGAGGCAUUUUCUGCUCAGAUGACUCAUAAACCAAGACAAGCGUUCCCCGCGACAGCUACUGGUCUCAACGAUAGCUUUAGGCGCCACAGGAUACCUUCACCGGCAGCUAUUUUGGAUAUGAUUAACGAUAAAUAUAUAAGCAGGAGGAAACCGAAGAGCGAACGAACCUCUUGGGACUACAGUACGGUUUCGUUAUCGCGAGUACCCGGAUACGGGUUCGGGAUCGCUGUAUCUGGCGGUCGAGACAAUCCACACUUCGCCAACGGGGAUCCGUCGAUAGCAGUGAGCGACGUGCUCAAACAUGGUCCAGCUGAGGGUCAACUGCAGGUUAACGAUCGAAUCAUUUCUGUAAAUGGAAUCUCACUGGAAAAUGUUGAGUACGCCACUGCCGUACAGGUACUGCGGGACAGUGGCAACACGGUUACUUUGGUGGUAAAACGGCGUGUGCCAAAUCAUAGUCUAAUGCAGCCGACGGGCGGCAAUGUCGUUCCGGGUGGAGUGGGUGCGAAUCCACAUCAGCAUCAGCACCAGCAUAGCCUCAGCUCAACCGGACUAGGGUUGGGUGCUUUAGCAAAUAAUGGAUCUCAACAGCAAAUCAAAGUGAUUGUUACGAAAGCGAGCAAGAAAGACGAUUUCGGCAUCGUGUUAGGAUGUAGAUUAUUUAUUAAGGAAAUUUCGUCCAAGACGAAAGAUCAACUAGCUGCCAAUGGUUACUCACUACAUGAAGGCGACCUUGUAACAAGGAUACACAAUACAAAUUGCAACGACUCAAUGAGCUUGAAGGAAGCGAAAAAGAUAAUCGACGGCUGUAAAGAACGACUGACAUUGGCCGUACUGAGAGAUACUACCAACAGCGCGUUGAACGCGGGUCUUGGCGGUGGUACCAGCUCCGGUAUGCACUCGCCUGUAUACUCCCAUACUGCGCAGGUUUCCAAUUGCAGUAAUAUGGAUGAAAACUAUCUAAAUGGGAAUGGAGGAUCGUACUCUGGACAAAAUUUGUACGUCCAGCCACCGACGCGUCCUUCAGCCAUGAGUACGUUACUAGUAGAUGAUAAAAGCAACCUUACACCACGUGGAAGGUCACGAGGUCCACUAACAGAUAUUUCUUUACAACAACUAGACAGGCCCAGUACGCCCCCUGGAGCAACGAGCAACAGAAGCGGCGAUGGAGCGCCCAACGGAACAGGACACGCGCGAUCGCGAAGCAUAAUCGACGAACCACCUCGACCUCCGCCACCUAGAGGGGAAGAUUUCUACAGCACCAGACGCCCAUUACAUGACGAGAAACCCACAUCAGAACCACGAUACAUCACAUUCCAAAAAGAAGGUUCCGUUGGCAUUCGACUGACUGGUGGUAACGAGGUGGGUAUUUUCGUAACUGCAGUGCAACAGAACAGUCCAGCUGCGGCACAAGGACUAGUUCCUGGAGAUAAAAUUCUAAAAGUGAACGAUAUGGACAUGAAUGGAGUUACCAGAGAGGAAGCAGUACUUUUUCUGCUCAGUUUACAAGAUCGUAUCGAUCUGAUCGUGCAGUACUGUAAGGAGGAAUACGAUAGCAUCACAGCACAACAGCGAGGAGAUUCGUUUCAUAUUAAAACACAUUUCCACUGUGAGAACCCAUCGAAAGGGGAACUGUCCUUCAAGGCUGGUGAUGUAUUCCGGGUGAUAGACACCCUAUAUAAUGGAGUAGUGGGUGCUUGGCAGGUCCUACGCAUUGGCCAUGGUCACCAAGAACUGCAGCGUGGUGUCAUACCCAAUAAGGCACGAGCUGAAGAGCUAGCCACCGCACAAUUCAAUGCCACGAAGAAAGAAAUGAACGCUUCAGAGUCAAGAGUCAGCUUUUUCCGGAGACGGAGAUCAACCCAUCGUCGAUCAAAGUCUCUGUCCAGGGAAAAUUGGGACGAUGUCGUGUUUUCGGACUCUAUUUCAAAAUUCCCUGCCUAUGAACGAGUCGUGUUGCGGCACCCUGGUUUUGUUCGUCCAGUUGUUUUGUUCGGACCUGUCUCCGAUAUAGCACGAGAGAGACUCAUCAAAGACUUUUCCGAUAAAUACACCGCUCCCCUUCAGGACGACGACAAGGGAUCGUCAAAAUGUGGCGGCAUUGUACGACUUUCCAACAUUCGCGAUAUCAUGGAUCGUGGAAAGCACGCUCUUCUUGACAUCACACCAAAUGCAGUGGAUCGACUAAAUUAUGCACAAUUUUAUCCGGUCGUCAUCUUCCUGAAAGCGGACACAAAACAUAACAUCAAACAACUGCGACACGGUCUGCCAAAGUCGCAACACAAGAGUAGUAAGAAAUUGUUCGAACAGUGCCAAAAAUUGGAACGCGUUUGGUCACACGUGUUCAGCACGGUAAUCAACCUAAACGAUCCCGAUACUUGGUACAGAAAACUACGAGAUUCGAUUGACCAACAACAGAGCGGGGCGGUGUGGAUGUCAGAAACCAAGCCAGUAGAAUCCCUUUCCGACGAUUUCCUGUUCCCCAUGACCACCUCCCGACUAUCUUACGCCUCAAGUCCGGAAUCGGAUCUGGAACUGAGCCCGGGACCAUCGGCCUCAUUAUCAUUGGGCAAUUUACCGCAAUUGGUGAAGUCAAGCUCUGAUCCUUCGAUUGCCACUAAUCAGGAUAAUUUGGAUAGGGCUAGAGAACUCGGUGAUGGAAUGCCACCACCAUACACGAACCCCUACGAGCACUCGGCCCAUUCUCGCCGCAUGACCGUGGAGAACAAGUAUGGUUUCUCAUCAAAAGGUAACAUCGGAGCUCCACUACCACCCGAGGAAGCCAUUUAUGGCUCUUCUCGUCCUCCACCUCCAAUCCAACACGGUAGUCAGGGAUCAACCCAUUUUGGUCCAGUUCCAGAUUUACCCCCUCGGAUAGAUCGUGCAUCAAAACCACCCAAUACAGCGGCACCAAGCACCCCAGGUUCGUCACUGCCGUCGCGAAAUUCUAGCACUGGUGGAACCCUUGGUCGUUCAGCGCAAGAACGCUUGUUCGGCAAUAAGGCGUCUACAGACAAUUUGGAUCAAGCAGGAGAUGAUUACGCUACUCGAAGCCAGAUGCUUGGCACGACGCCUGACAAGCGGGGAGCCCCUAGUAAUGGAUUGAAUUCACUGGAGCGAACACAAAACUCUUCACUUGAUCGAACCCGAUCCAGUCAACCACCGGCGGCGUCGGGCAAUCCAAAUACACCGAGCAAAGCUAACGGAUCUUACGAUAGUGUUUCAAGUUACGAUUCAUACAAUACAUCUCAACUCACGGCGCAGAAUAUGAGGUUAGGACCCAAUGCGCCCGAUGAUCUUAAAUCGGUGCCGAACGGUCGCACGGGUACAGGAUUGACACCAAACCAGUCGAAUGUAUCAGACUAUAACCGAAAUUCGGGCACCAACGACUUACUAAUGACUCCACCCAGAGGAGGUCACGUGCAUUCCGACAGAAUCAAUUUUAAUGGUGCGCACGAUCCAGUUACUCCCAGAAAUUCGGGAGACCGAACAACAGGAAUGAACAUUCCACAGCGUCCUUCUAAUUUGGCACUGGAUAGCCCUAGAAAGCAUAUUCUGGAAACCAAGACAGAUUAUGGAAAAUACAGCCGCAACAACUCAGCAUCACAAGCGGAUUACUCCAAGCCCAACAAGAUGCCACCACCGAUGCUUGGAACGCCACCCGCAAAUGGAAGCAAUGGGGGCGUACCAUUCAAGCCAGUGCCACCACCGAAACCGAAAAAUUACAGACCUCCCAUCGGUGGAAGCGGUGGGCCCAUGAACUCUGGACAAUGGGAAAAUGGGGAACCAAUAUCGCCUCGGUCGCCCAAUGGUUUCUACUACCCACCAGUGUCAUCACAUUACCAUCAAGGAGUAGCCCAUAACGUGCCCAAUUCGCCUAACAGUACUCAUAUGAAAAGCGGCAAUCACCCACCACAGAUGCAUCCUUACGGUCAAUACGGAGGAAAUCCUUACAACGGUUACAACGGAAAUAACGGCGGUCAGCCACACUACAUGGGUAAUUCCGGCCGAGAUUUGGGAAUGGGUCCUAAUAACGGUUAUAGUGGUAACGCACAUCAUCCUUACGGAAAUAAUUACAUGCAUAGAGGUAGCGGGGGUCCAAUUCAUGGCAUAGGAAACAUGCCUGGAUUACACCCAUCUGAGCGGCAUCCACUUGAUCUGGCCGGUAGUCGUGAACAACGAGGAUCAGCCUUUGAAUUAUACCGCAAGCCGCAGCUCGGAAGUGCUGGGCACCAUCAUAAUCUACGUGAAAUGGAGCCAAUGAUGUCGAUUCACGAGUUCAAUCAACACCAACAGAAUCUAAUAUACCAAGAACGACUGCGUCAGCAACAACAGCUACCGCUUCCUCCCAUUCCCGGUACGGUAGAGUACGAUCUGUACAGUAGUAGAAGCCAUCACCAUUCAGUACUUCCACCCGAACUACCAGCUAAACCGCCUAAAAAGAAUUUGCUAAGAUCUCCGCUAAAAGCAAUAAAAAAUGUGUUCAUUAAGUCAACUAGACCGCUUCGCAGGCAAGUAAGCCUAGCAGAAGCUGAUAAAAAACUGCGGCCUAUAUUGAAGCGACAACAUUCUUUAAUGGAACCCCGAUCAACACGUAUGAUGGAUACCCGGUUCCAAGAACCUAUAUAUGACUCACGACAAUACUAUGGGCAGCCACAAUACCACUAUGAUCCUAGACAACAGAUGUCACCUCCACCACUACAUCACAGCCAAGGUUAUCAGCGACACGAACCUUAUUAUCCGAAAGAUCCCAACAGCACGUAUCAGAAUCUUGAAUCCGAGUCGAUAUACGGCAACUAUGGGGCUGGUGGAUAUUACGACCAAGAACAUGAAAAUCUUUAUGCAAACAGAGCACUAAUUGAGUUGGAACGAGCACGACCUGGUCUUGUGCCAGGAUCAGGAUCCAACAGUACUGGACGACGAAUAGUUCGACGGCAUAGUAUGGCCGAUAGAAGUGCUCCCUCGCCGAGCUUUAACAAUAUCAGUCGUCGUCGGAUGGGUUCAGAAAGGUACCAUAUGGAUAUGAACACGUCAAUGAACGAUGAUUCAAUUUAUCAGAGUAAGAGUGGCUCGUUCAUGUACAAUGAAACGCGUGAUCCGCAUCGUCGGGCUGCAGAUGAACCCGUGUAUCAGAGCAGAAAGGAAAUGCACAGAGACCAUCUCUACCAGAGUAAACAGCAAAUGCAGGAUCGAAUACAUCAAAGUCGACUGGAGAUGCAGCAAAACCAACAGCGAGACCAUGGUGGCUCUCCAGGAAACUCUAUUCGCGCAAGAGAUGUCACCGAAUCAAGCUCAAGCUCACCGUCAAGCUCAACAUACUCAACACGCAAAGAAUUGAAGGAAAAAGGAUUCAAACCUCGUACCCAGCUCAGGGAUCAAAUCUACCAGUCCAGACGAGAAGCAAUGGAAUCGAUGGCCGAACCUGAUUAUAUUUCAAAAAGAGAAUUGAAACAUGAACCAAUUUAUGAAGUGAAAAAUGAGGUGGAUGUGGUAUCCUCCUUAGAUCUUAGUAAACUUCAAAUCGGUGAAAAUAAACUAGAACUUAAUAUUCGAGAGGACGAUUCCAUCAAUAAAACAACUACAAAUUUGCUUGAGGAUAAUGAGAUUCAUAACGAAACACAAAACGACGAAUCUAGCAAAGCACCUCUGGCAGUCUCAGAAGACGACGAUGAUGAUACACUCACGAAAGCAAACGAAUCUGAUUUGCAGAAGGUAGCUGCGGCAGCUAGUCAAAUCGAAGUGACCACUCCGCUCAGUUCUCGAGCGAAUCAUAUUUCGAACUUUUUAAAACGCACCGCACCACCUGCUUUCCAACCACCACCACCGCCCUUACCAACUGCGAAUGCAACAAUUACCCCGGUAAUCAGUCCUAGACCAAUCGAAGUGUACGACAGUAGAACAUCGAUCGAGACUCAAUAUACCUCGCAAAUGAGCCUUCCUAUAGGACCACCAAAUGCCCAUAGCACUCCGUUCGCCAGUGAAAUGUCACUCGGAUUACCACCACCUAGGCAACCAAUUACUCGGCGGGGAAUUUUCGAUUCUACCGGCGGCACGCUAGCAGAUCCCAUCUGGAACGUAUCACUGCAGAUUCCAGCCGGUGCUAUUCCAGCCGGCACAAUGCAGGAAAUUUAUUUCACCGUUACAGAUCCACGACUCAGCGAGAGCGUCGGCGGUCCACCGUUGGACAUGGAAAACGGUGAAACAAUGCUUUCGCCUCUAGUAAUGUGUGGUCCCCAGGGAACGGAAUUCCUGCAACCAGUUACGCUCAACAUUCCGCACUGUGCCGGCCGGACGGCAUCGUUAGGACUUUCGCUGAAGGCAACCGACAGCGAAAAGAACCUACAAACCGACUGGGACAACAUCGAACUUCCGAGUAACGCUGCGGCGCACACCGUGUCUGUCAAAGUCGACCAUUUCUAGCGAUUUAAGAAUUAGGUAUAUCCACACCAUUUCAGCGCAAAUCGAAGAAGCGUUCUUGCUUCUGGAAGGCGUACAGAUAAAUAUAUCAAUUAUAAUGUUUGUAUAGUGGAACAAAUCUUUUUAUGUGCCUUUAUUUUACUCAGACAUUGUUUUGCAACCAAAAGUCACAAACGUAUUUUAUGUUAAAGUGUUGCAUAAAUCAUACCAUUUGCCAUCAGAUCAGUAUAAAGUGUUUUUAAAUAAACUCUUGUGAACCAGUUUACAGUAAUAUUAAACAUUAUUGCCAUUACGAAUGAAAUUUGUAUAUAAUUAUAAUUACUAGCUUGUACAGCAAACAUUUCAAAUAUAUUGCUAAGCUGUAGUUUAUGAGCAUACAUGCUGAAAUUUUCAAAUCAUCCUCGGUGAUGUGGUCUUUUUAUGAGUAGACCUGCAAUCCUUUGUAAAAUAUUUGUCAACUUUUUUGUACUAGCAUGCCUAAGGUGUAGGAGAGGAUAGUUUAUAUAUAAUAUACAACACAGUAAAUUUUGUAAAUUUAUUACCAGCAUCGUCAAUAAUAGUGAAUACAAAAAUAUCACAAUAGUAA